AUGAUUCGUUUGAAUAACGGCAUAGAAAUGCCUGCAUUAGGUGUGGGAACCGGUGGUCUGACCUCUUCGGGCGGAUUUCUUAGCGGACAGGCAUUGGUGGACACAAUCAAUACUGCGAUCGACAUCGGGUACAGACAUAUCGAUACGGCCAGCAAUUACGGCAACGAAGUGGCCAUCGGUCGGACACUCAACGCACUUAUAGCCAACGGUAUAGUCAAUCGGGAGGACCUGUUUGUCACCACAAAGAUCUUUUGGCACACAUUUCCGGUCACAGACAUAAUGGCGGCUACGGUAGAGGCCGUACGGCUAUCUGUGCAACAGUUGGACUUGCAAUACGUAGACCUAAUGCUAUUACAUCGGCCCCGGGAUGUGGUGCCCGACUAUAACGCACAGGUAUGGCGAGGGUUGGAAUGGGCUCUGAGUGCCGGUUUGGUCCGAGCAAUAGGUGUAUCCAAUUUUGGUGUCCCAGAGUUGGAGGGGCUGUUGUCUACAGCACUGGUAGUGCCGGCAGUGAAUCAAAUUAAAAGUCAUCCCAAAUGUGGGAAUCGAGAUGUGAUCGACUGGUGUCACAAACAGGGCAUACGAGUGACAGCACACACACCGUUGGGCGCCGGGAGUCUUACCACCGAUGAGACUAUUGGUUCAAUUGGUCGCACAUAUGGUAAGAGUGCGGCACAAGUGAUGAUCAAAUGGCAAUUACAGAGGGGUUUGGCUGUCAUUCCCAAGACUACCAAAACAACCAGAAUUUGCGAUAACUUUAAUGUCUUUGACUUCAGUCUCACUGAAGAAGAGAUGAAUGUUUUGGAAAAUAUGUAA